AAAGCUUGGUAGAAUUUUAGCCUGACUAAACAAACCUCUGCAUACGCGCACCCAUGAUCAAUCACAGGGCACGUGCUAUUAUGGUUGUUGGUUACUCAACUGACUGAGUAGAUAAACACGCAUUAGGUGCUGUACAACAAACUCCCGAUUGGUUACUUUAUUUGCGUUCCAUCACAUGUAGUGGUUAAGUUCAUAUGCAUUGUCCCAAAGUCAGACGCUGAGUGCGCUCGGUGAAUUCACAGUACGAAAAAAUGGAUGGCUUUGUCCAAGCGUUUUUUGAAAUCGAUAAGCAAAGAAAGGAAUGGUUGUCUAUGGAUGAGCUUGCUGCCUACAUGAAAGAAAACGAAUUAGAUGAGGAGUUUCUCAAGCGAUGGCGUGAUCUGUUUGAUCCAGAAAACACUGGCAGGAUAACACUGGCCAAGUUUUGCGAAGUACUUGGCUUACAGGAAAGCAAUGUACGUGAUCAGUUUGAUACAGAGGAAUUAAAAGCGGUUGAGACUAUUGUCACUGACAUGAGCCGACGGCUACAAGUUCAAAUUGUCCGAGUCAUUCAUGAUGCUUACAUGAAAUAUCACGAGGACGAAAAGGAAAUGGUAAAAUACGUCAAACAAGAAUUGGAUAGAAAACUUGGCCGACUGUGGCAUGUGAUCAUUGUCCAUGGACGCUAUCACUCUUAUUACUCUUAUGAAACAAACAACAACUUCUGCUUCAAGCUCUAUGAAAGGAUAUUUUUAGUUUACAAAUCCCCGGAUCCGAAGGAAUUCUCUUAGGAAAGCACCUGCGAUGUGCGGACACGGAAAUCAUCGCUGUCGAAGUUUUCAGCCCUAAUUUCGCGAAAGAACAGGUUAUUGUUGUUAUAAUUUUUUGUUGCGAUGUACAGUGUUGGUUUAUUUGAAAAUAAACUAUAAAGUUGUGGUAGGCA